AAAUUCGUCUAAAUUAGUGAGGAACAAUUCUGAAUAAAUUUUCACGUGUUGCCAAAUUUUGUCAACAAAACAUAAUUAAAUUUAAAGAGGUGGCAUCGUAGCUUGACAAAAAUGCAGCAUGAUGAUGUCAUCUGGAGUAUUAUCAAUGGAUCUUUUUGCUCUUUUAAAACAAGAGCAAAGACACAAAAGUUUUGCCGUAAUGAAUAUAGUUUGACGGGUCUAUGUAACAGAGCUUCAUGUCCCCUAGCCAACAGUCAAUACGCAACUGUAAGAGAAGAAAAUGGUGUGUGUUUCUUGUACAUGAAAGUUGUUGAAAGAGCUGCGUUUCCACGGCGACUGUGGGAGAAGGUGAAAUUAUCAAACAGUUAUGAGAAAGCACUCAAACAGAUUGAUGAACAACUGAUGUACUGGCCAAAGUUUGUAAAGCACAAGUGUAAGCAAAGAUUUACAAAGAUCACUCAGUACCUCAUACGUAUAAGGAGACUUACUCUAAAGAGACAGAAGAAAUUAGUUCCGUUGAGUAAAAAGGUUGAGAGACGGGAGAGAAGACGUGAAGAGAAAGCUCUUGUUGCUGCCCAGCUGGAUACAGCUAUAGAGAAAGAAUUACUGGAACGAUUAAAACAAGGAACCUACAAGGAUAUAUACAACUUCCCACAAAAAGCGUUUGACAAGGUGGUCGAGGGAGAGGAAGUUGAAAGCGAGAGCGAGUCAGAGAAAGAAGAUGGAGAGAUGGACGAAGAUUCUGAAGAUGAAGAUGAGGUGGAAAUGGAAGAAGAAUCGGAUUCAGGUGAGGUGGAGUAUAUUGCGGAGGAAGAGUUUGAGGAGAGUGACAUGGAGGAUAUGGAGGAUAUGGACAGAUUACAAUCACAGUCGGAGAGUUCUUCCGAGUCUGAGGAUGACGAUAAACCAUCCACGUCAAGGCAGAAACGCAAGCCUCGUAGAAGAGUUGAGAUUGAAUACGAACACGAGGUCGAAAAUGAGUCGCAUUCAAAGCUUAAAACUAAAACUUGAUAAAGUGUUCACUGUUAAACUGGAUGUAAAUAAAAAAUGUAAUUUAGAAAA